GCGCGUCAUCCAAGCCGAUUUCACCAAGGGCUUGGAGAUCUACGAUGACAUCGAGGCAGGACUGCAGGGCCUGGAGAUCGGAGUCCUGGUGAACAAUGUGGGCAUGGCAUACGGCGGAGGCGGCGUGAACUUUCAGAAGGUGCUGGACUCGGAGAAUGUGGGCCAGAACAUCUUGGAUAUCAUCAACUGCAACUUGAUGUCGGUGACGCAGAUGACCCGGCUCAUCCUGCCCCAGAUGGUCAACAGGGGCAGAGGUGUCAUCAUCAACAUGUCCUCUGUGGCCGGCUACAGGAGCUUUCCAUUUCAUACCUUAUACUCAGCCACUAAGGCCUUUGUGCAGUGCUUCUCAGAGUCGGUGUCGGCAGAGUACUCCGCUCAAGGUGUCACCAUCCAGGUGCCCGACUGGGGGUGGGGCGGAGGCUCAGGGGGAUGUGGCUGGGGUAGCGGCCCUGGAGGAGAGGGAGGAAGAGGGUACUAGAUGGGUGGCUUAGCG